CUGGUGAUUCCGAAUUGCUAUAGGAUUGUUCUGCAUGCUAAUCAGUAUUACAACCCCCCUAAGUAAUCCUUCCUAAUCGAAACACAUUUCAGAAUUUCGGCCAACAUUUCAUGAGAUCGUUCACGCACUGUACGUAGGUGAACUUCAUAGGGGGCCACAUUAAUGAGGAACCAUUACGGCCCGAGUCAGUUCCCACACAGUUGGUGUUGCCCAAUCGAUCAGCCCAUCUCUCUAGUCCGGCUUUCUAGCGUGCUGCGAUAGUUAACUGCGCUCGCGAGGGACCUCUGCAGGAUCGACUCCUCGUAUGCGGCGGUGGCCUAUCCGAGUCUAACAGUCUAGUGAUGCGAUUUCGCACAGCGACUGGUGGGGCGUUAAGCCUCAGUAUAACAGUUACCACACGCCUCUGAGGCAAUAACCAAAUGCCCGCGCAAACGCAACGCGUGCUACAAGCCGAUGUGGCCUUGGUUUCGGCUUAACUCAACGACGGCGACACAGGCCUUUAGGGAAGCAAACACGCGAUAGUUCGCUCUUCCUUAUCGGCAGUAACUAACUUAACCGCAGAAGCUUAAGUACUGAACGAGGCUUUAGCUCUCGUGAAAAGGUCCGUGUCUGGAAAGUAGAUGCGACACUUGGAGUCGCGGAAACAUGUGGAACAGGCUGUUUGGAUCUGAAAACUAUUAAGCGUUCCUCCUGAUAGCUUUUCCCCAUUUGUAUCACGACAACUGCAUGGAUACCCAAUCAGAUCAGUGCAGUGCCAAAAGGUGCGGCAGCACUGUAGACAGGUUGGCGUUUGUCAUUUGUGUCUCCCAGGGGUGUGGGGGUUGCGAUGACCGCGGUGGUGUCCGACAGUGACAGUGCGUGAUUGAAAAGUACUGUCUUAUGAGGGUCAUGCAAGAGCGGCGUUCUCAGAAACUUUGAGUACUCAGAGACGCGAUGAAUAGUUUUGGAGUGGCUACACCCCGUGACUACAUAUAGUUCAGUGUAUUUAGGAGUAAAAGAUGAUGCCUUUCAGUACCCUCUUGAAAACGAUGCAUACCAUAUUCGUGUUGAAAUAAGCAUGUUACUAAAUUGUUGCCAGUAGCAUUCGUUUUACAUAACAUUAUUUCAAAAGUGUGGGGCUGCGACCAGGGCACCCUCAGUUGUGGAGGAUAACGUGGGCAGGUCCAGUUCCUUGCUCCCUUCCACACUCCACUUUCUUCAUUUCCAGGCUGUAAAUGCUACAUAUCUACUCCAGCGAGCUUUCUUGCCGGACUCACCUUAGUGCAAAAGUUUUACUGUCCAGCUUAUAACUAAUAAGUUCAAUGAAGGACCAUGUCCUUCCGCGUAGAAGGGCUAGCUUGCCCCACCAAGUUUUUAACUAAGAAUAGACAACCUCGACCACUCGCAUUCUUCUUUGCCCUUUCCCAACUUUAUUCUCCCUCCGCCUCCCCCUUCCCUUCUGUGUGCAGCUUUGCACCAACUUAUCAGACCUGCGAGGCCAAGACCCUGACAGCCUCUGCCUCGUAUCAGCAGCCGGUCUUCAGCCAGCUUCCACCAGUCGCUUCUGAUCGUCGGGGCCCGCCGGCAGCACCCCUGCCUACGGCUCGUCAAUCCUGUCUCCUCCAGUCGGACUCCGUUUUUAUUCCCCUGCGUGAGUCCACUAACAGUCCCAGCUCCUCCGGUUCGCCGCAACUACAACCAACUGUACGCAAGGCGGCCCUCGCACAACGCUCCGCCUCCUGCGCCCUCGUGGACUGCUGCGUCAGCCCGGUCUUGAUCCCAGCCAGUGCAGGCUCUGAUUCGGCAACCG